AUGAUGACCAUGGUGGAAAAGUCAACGAUCGAGAAAAUCCGGAUGGAAAGGUCUAAGAUGCAGAUGAAUGCGAUUAUACAGGAUCUCUAUCAAUCCUACGAACACCGAUUCGAGUUAUUUCGUCAGCCGCGGAUGGAAGAUAGAAGCAAGGAAAAGAACAACACUGGAGCUGUCGAUAUUUGCCGGCAAUUAUUAGCCCUACUUGGAUGCAGAAGAGGAGUACGAGUUAAGCCUGUAACUUGA